GCAUCACUAUAUUCUUUUUGUAGUCUCAACUUCAGCUCCUUCAAGUUUCUUUCAGCGGACGCGGACCUCCCUGACUUUGUCCGUGUCAAUUAUACCCAUUUUUCUGUUGAUUGAUGGUCUUUCUGAUUGUUUUGGUUCUUCAAGGAUGGGGACCUUGUCAAGUGGUGGCCUAUGUGAUGGGGGUUCAAACAAAAGGCUUUUGGAGAAUGGUUACAGCAUCUCUUCAGGUGGUACACAUAAGUACAAGAAGCGGAAGGUUUCUGCUGUUCGCGAUUUUCCACCUGGAUGUGGACGAGAUGUUCAACGUGUAAAUCUGACACCCAAGGAUACUGAGCCAAAACCAUCACUUAGUAAUAAUGACAAUCUGGUGGUUACAGAAGGUGAUUGUCUCAAAGCUUUUGAAAUUGGUAAAGGACCAUUAUUGCAUGAUGUGGCUCAAAGCUUGGGGAAGUUGGGGUUGCCCAACUCAACAGGUGAUUUGGCAGGAAAAGAGGUGGAUGCAGCUGGGAAAGGCAACGGGGUUGAACUGUCCAAUAUUGGGGAGCCUUCAGGAACUGACUUGCAAAUGCCAACCACUUCAGAAGUUAAAGGACCAGAAUUGUCAAAGGAGUUACAUGAAGUGGAAGUUCCAGAUAAAGUAAGCAAAGGAGGUGGAGAGAAAAGCAAAACUGGUUUGGAGAUCGGUUCUAUGGUUGAUGAGAUAGUUCCAGUAGAUGGUGCAAAAGCAUGUUCCCUACCAAAAUGUCAGACUGUUGAUGCCAAACCAUUGGAAAAAACUGCCCUGAAGAGUAAAUUUCCUAAGAGAAGAGUUUCAGCUGAUCGUGACUAUCCUCCAUUUUGUGGAAGGAAUGCUCCGUGCCCAACGGAUGAAGAACGCAUGAGAAUUCUCUUGGGAGCCAAUGGAUGUGAUCCUCCAGAUAAGGCUACUGUGCGGAGUGUAUUGUUAAGGGAGAAAGUGAGAACCAUAGAAGAAAGCAGUUCAGUGAGAGUGGCAGAAACUAUUGAUGUUCAAGAAUUAAAGUGCAAUAUUCGAGCUGGAAAUCCUCAAAGGAGGGAGUUGAAUGGAAAUUUAAACAAACCAAAUAUGAAAUCCCGAAAAGCUUCUAAGCAAGGCAGGCCAUUGGUGGAAACAGUGAGGGCUGAUGUGGAAGGCAGUCCAGUGCCAAAGAUAACGAGGAAUGAUGUUGAAGAAUUGGAUGGGGAUCUUGGGGAUGGAAAUAGCCAAAAACAUAAAAUGGAAGGAAGUUUACCUGAAAUGAGUACCAAGUCAAAAAGAAUAAUUAGAAAGGAUCCUGAGGAUGUUAGUGGGGUUCUAGUGGAGGCGGGGAAGCAAGCUAUGGGUUACUCACGUGGUAAGAAUCUUAAGCGAAAGCCUAUGGGAAAUUCUGUUGCUUUGGAGCCUAAAGUGGAUGUGGUGAUUGUGCAAGGUCUGAUGGCUGCACCAAACUGUCCAUGGAGGCAGGCUAAAGGGGCUGUUAAUGCUAGCCCGAAUAGCAUACUGGCUAGAAGUGAGGUGAAGAAACAUGCUGUCAAGUGCAUCACAGGGGGAGAGAAAUCUAAACGUGUCAGCGGGCAAAAGGCUUAUGAAACAGAUCAAGUGGGAGGGACAUCUAGGAAGAAGAUGUCAACUUCUUCUAAAAAGGCUGAAUCUGAAAGUAAAGGGGUUGUCAAGGAUGAGGAAGAUUUUGCUAUAAAAGAGCAAGAUGAAAGUUCUCCAGCAUGUCAAAGUCUACCUGAAUUUGAAGUAAGCCUGCCUCCUUAUGGUCCCCAAAGUUUGAGUAAUGGUAAUGCACGUAACAAAGUGAGGCAGAUGCUUCGCUUCUUCCAAGCUGUUUGUAGGAAGCUCUUGCAAGUAGAAGAAGCAAAAGUGAAGCAACAAGGGCAACUUAGCAAAAGGAUAGACAUGGAAGCUGCAAAGAUUAUCAGGGCCAAAGGAAAAGAAGUUAACACUGGAAAACAUAUGAUAGGAUCAGUGCCGGGUGUUGAAGUAGGUGAUGAGUUUCAGUACAGGGUGGAGCUUGCUCUUGUUGGCAUUCAUCGCCUCUAUCAAGCUGGUAUUGAUUACAUGAAACAUGAGGGAAUGAUCAUUGCAACAAGUAUUGUUGCCUCAGGUGGUUAUCCAGAUGAAUUGGACAACCCUGAUGUGUUAAUAUACUCUGGCCAAGGUGGAAAUGUCACAGCCAAGGAUAAAGAACCUCAAGACCAGAAACUUGAGAGAGGGAACUUGGCUCUGAAAAAUAGCAUAUCAGUAAAGAAUCCCGUUCGGGUAAUUCGUGGGUUCAAAGAGAUGAAAACUUCUCACUCAGAUUCAAAAGCCAAGUUAGCAUCAACCUACACAUAUGAUGGCUUGUAUAAAGUGGAGCGGUACUGGCAUGAAGUAGGAUCACAUGGUAAGCUGGUUUUUAAAUUUGAGUUAAAGAGAGUCCCAGGCCAACCAGAACUUGCUUGGAAAGAAGUGAAAAAGUCAGCUAAAUUUAAAGUACGGAAAGGUCUUUGUGUUGAUGAUAUAUCAGGAGGGAAAGAGUUAUUUCCUGUUUGUGCUGUGAAUCCAAUAGAUGGUGAGAAGCCACCCAAUUUCAAUUAUGUAAAGGAGAUGAAAUACCCUGAUUGGUAUUGCCCUACUCCUCCUCAGGGUUGUGAUUGUAUUGGUGGAUGCUCAGAUUCUAAAAAAUGCUCAUGUGUAGUAAAAAAUGGAGGAGAGAUUCCAUACAACCACAAUGGUGCCAUUGUUGAAGCAAAGCCUCUGGUCUAUGAGUGUGGUCCAUCUUGCAAAUGCCCUCCUUCUUGCUAUAAUAGAGUUAGUCAGCAUGGUAUCAAAAUUCAGCUUGAGAUCUUCAAAACAGAGUCAAGGGGCUGGGGUGUUAGAUCCCUAACUUCUAUUCCUUCAGGAAGUUUUAUAUGCGAGUAUAUUGGGGAGCUUCUUGAAGACAAAGAAGCUGAACAAAGACACAAUGAUGAAUAUCUAUUUGAUAUUGGCCAAAAUUACACCGAUUGUUUUCACAUGGAUGGAGUUUCUAGUCUCAAGCCUGAUGCACAACCGAAUCCUAGGGAAGUUAUUGAGGAUGGUGGGUUCACCAUUGAUGCAGCACAAUUUGGAAAUGUGGGGAGGUUCAUCAACCAUAGUUGUUCUCCUAACCUUUAUGCUCAAAAUGUCCUGUAUGAUCAUGAGGAUAAAAGAAUGCCUCACAUAAUGCUCUUUGCUGCAGAGAAUAUUCCUCCUUUACAGGAGCUGACUUAUCACUAUAAUUAUUCAGUUGACCAGAUUUGUGAUUCAAAUGGCAAUAUUAAAGUCAAGAGCUGCUACUGUGGUUCUGCUGAUUGCACUGGCAGGAUGUAUUGAGAUAAAGAUGUCUGGGGUUUCAAGCAGUGGAUACUUUGUUUCUUAAUAUGGGAAGGCCCAACUUCGAUGGAAGCAGAUGAGAGGAAGCUUCCAUAAGAAGUGUUAAAGAUGUUUGUUGGGAUCAUUCUGAUGUGCCGACAGCUCAAACUUUAUGUUGUAUGUAUAGUGACAGUGGUUUGUAAAGACUUAUUUUGGACGAUCCUAUGUUACCUGUAUGGAGCUACAUGGCAGCAAUUUUUCAACCCCAGUACGUUGGCUUCACAAAGAGCCUGGUGGAGUGCUGCUCUCCUCUGUAGGUUAGGUUGCCUUGGGAGAAUGAAUCAUCUGCCAAUAUCUGUUGUUAAGUGAACUGCAUGGGAAAUCUGAAACUGUUACUUGGCAUGGCAUUUCUUUUCUGCAAAGAAAUUAGGGUGCAUUUUGAUUUCAA